CAGUCCCGCUCAGCCACUCCAGAACUGGACCGGAACCGAGACCGAGAGUCUCAGGAGGGGAGAUAUAUUCACGUAAAACUGAUCAGAUAUAAUUCAUCUGGAGAUGAAGCCGGAUAUUUACACACACCAGGCGGACCAGGAGGCCGCUCCAAAAGCAGGAAGUGGACUACAGCGCGGGGCAUUCUGGCCUCCGACGCUCCUUCGUCCUCCUCCUCGCCCAGCCCUGGCUUCGUGGACCUGGCCUUCACCGUGGAGCCCCAGGACACGGUGACGGUGCGGGGCGGGGCGCUGCAGCUGGACUGCCAGGCCCAGGCGGGCUCGGCGGCGGCGGCGGCGGCGGGCCCCGUCUCCAUCACGUGGCGUAAAGACGGCGUCCUGCUGAGCGCCGUGGUGGACGAGCGGCGCCGGCAGCUGGAGAACGGCACGCUGACGGUGCAGAACGUGGUGCACUCCCGGCACCACCGGCCCGACGAAGGGGAGUACCAAUGCCUCGCCACGCUGGACGGGCUGGGGAGCAUCGUCAGCCGGACGGCGAAGGUCACAGUGGCCGGUCCGUUGAGGGUGGUGGUUCCGACCGAGUCGGUCUCGUCCUUCCUCGGCGACACCGCCCUGCUGCGCUGCGAGGUCUCCGGCGACCCGAGGCCCGUCAUCCGCUGGCAGAAGAACCGGGACGACCUGCCGCUCAGCUUCCAGGCCGAGUCCCGGCUGGCGGUUCUGCCGUCCGGGUCGCUGCAGGUGAGCCGGGUCCAGCCGCCGGACUCGGCGACGUACCGCUGCCUGGCCGACAACCCGGGCAGCACCAGGACCGGGACGGACGCCGAACUCCGAGUUCUGCCAGAACCGGGCCUCAGCAGGAACCUCCAGUUCCUCCAGCGUCCGUCCCGAGUAUCGGCCCUCCUGGGAACCGACGCCGUGCUGGAAUGUUCCGCCUCCGGAUAUCCGACUCCCGGCAUCCAGUGGCGGAGAGGAGAGGAGCUGAUCCAGAGCUGGAACCAGAAGUUCUCGCUGCUCGCCGGCAGCAACCUGAUCAUCAGAACCGUCACCGACGACGACGCCGGCGCCUACAGCUGCACGGCGUCCAACAGGAACCAGAACAUCACGGCGCAGGCGGAGCUCAGCGUCCGAGUUCCUCCUCAGUUCCUGAACUACCCGACCAACAGCCUCGCCUACGAGGCGACAGACAUCGAGCUGGAGUGCGCCGUGACGGGGAACCCGCUGCCGACCGUCCGCUGGAUGAAGAACGGGGAGGAGGUCAUUCCCAGUGACUACUUCCAGAUCGUAGACGGAACCAACCUGCAGAUUCUGGGUUUGGUGAAAUCGGACGAAGGAUUUUAUCAGUGUGUGGCUGAAAACUCGGCCGGCGGCGCCCAGGCCACGGCCCAGCUGCUGCUGAGAGAGCCAGUGUCCCCCAGCCCAGGCGUUGCCCUCCCCUCUGCCCCCCGCGACCUGGUCCCUGUCCUAGUGUCCAGCCGGUUCGUCCGGCUCAGCUGGCGCCCCCCGGAGGAGACCGGAGGAGGCGUGCAGACGUACGGCGUCUACUACUCCCAGGCCGGAGUUGACAGGGAGCGGUCAGUGAACGUGUCGGAGCCGGAGUCUCUGGAGCUGACCGUGUCCAACCUGAAGCCCGAGGAGAGCUACAGCUUCAGGGUGGUGGCCUACAACGAGGCCGGGCCGGGCCGCAGCUCCGCCCCCCUGCACGUCGCCACCAAGCCCGACCUCCAGGUCCCCAGCAGGGUGGAGUCUCUGCGGGCGCUGGCUCUGUCCCCGUCCUCCAUCCAGGUGAGCUGGGAGCCGCCCAGCCUCCCUAACGGACCCGUCCUGGGCUACCGCCUGCUGUGGACCGAGAGCCCGUCCGGAAAGGAGCAGAGCGUGGAGGUGAGCGGCGUCAACUACAAGAUGGACGGACUCAACAAGUUCACCGAAUACACGGUCCGGGUUCUGGCCGUCAACCGCUACGGGCCGGGCACCGCCUCCGAGACGGUUACCGUGACGACGCACUCGGACGUUCCCGGCGCUCCUCCUCAGAACAUCACCCUGGAGGUCGUCCUGUCCCGGAGCAUCAAGGUGUCAUGGCAGCCGCCGCCUCGCAGCGCCCAGAACGGCAUCAUCACCGCGUACAAGAUCAAAUACAGGAAGACUGGUCGCCGUGGAGACCAGGAGGCCAUCGAACCCAACAACUUCUGGUACUUGUUCACAGGUCUGGAGAAGGGCAGYCAGUACAGCUUCCAGGUGGCGGCCAUGACGGUGAACGGAACGGGUCCGUCCAGCGACUGGAGCACCGCCCAGACGCCGGAGAACGAUCUGGACGGUAAUCUGUUCAACAAGCUGCGUCUUCCUCCUCUUUCCAAACACACAAAGGAGCCUCACCUGAUCUCUCUCUUUCUCUCGCCCUCAGAGCCGAGCUCUCACUACGUCAUCUCACUGAAGGCCUUCAACAACGCAGGGGAGGGAGUUCCUCUGUACGAGAGCGCCGUGACCCGAUCACUGACCGGUAGGGAGGGAGACUGCCCGGUCUUCGCCUGGCCGCCCCCUCACUGCAGCGGCUCUGAGCCGCCGCCGAGCCGCCAUUUAAUCAGCGACCUGAGGGUCGAAGCGACCGGAGGAGACGGGCGAGAGGAGAGAGAGGAACAUCAGGACGACCCGUGUUUUCAGUCUGCAGACACCACGGCUCUCAGCCACACCGUCACCGGACUCAAACCCAACACCAUGUACGAGUUCGCCGUCAUGGCGACCAAAGGUCGGAGGUCCAGCACCUGGAGCAUGACGGCCCACGCCACGACGUACGAAGCAGCUCCAAGCUCCGCCCCCAAAGAUCUGACGGUCAUCAGUCGGGAAGGACGCCCUCGUGCCGUCCUCAUCAGCUGGCAGCCGCCGAUGGAGGCUAACGGACGGAUCACAGGCUACAUCCUGUACUACACCCUGGAUAAGAACCUGCCCAUCGACGACUGGGCGAUGGAGGCCAUCAGCGGCGACCGGCUGACCCACCAGGUCGUGGAUCUGAACCUCGACACCGUUUACUACUUCAGGAUUCAGGCCAAAAACGCCAAAGGAGUGGGACCUCUGUCGGAGCCGGUCCAGUUCAGGACGGCUAAAGUGGAGCUUCCAGACAAGAUGGCCAACGACCAAG